UUUUUCUCCUCUUGUGAAUAGAUUUUCUCUGACAAGAUUGGGAAGUUUUCUUUUAGAGUUGGAGAAAUGUGAAAAGGCUCAGAAAUUUUCAACUGAGAAUAAGUCCAUGGUGUUUCAUGUGCAGACCAAUGUUCUCUGUGCUUCUCGUUAAGUCCUGGUAGUGAUAUUAGGAAUUUUGAGAUAUACCUUGAGCCAAAGUGGGAGACCAUGUUCAGUGCAGCUGGUUGGUGCCCAGUGCCCCCUCCCCCCCCAACAAUCUCAUAUCCAAAUGCAGAUGAUGCAGCAUCUCGAAUGCCAAGAAGAAUUCCACUUAGCCCCCCCCAGAUGCCAAAGCCAGACUUCCAAAUCAUGGAACAAGUUCUAAACUUUCAUGGGCAGCAACUGAAGAAAAUUUUGGAUGAUGAGCAUGGAGAGUUAAUGCAGCUCUUCCCAAACAAGAACUCACUUGACUUCCAUGUAUAUCAGCAACGAGUGAAAGAGCUUGGGAUGGAGGACAGGGGGAAGCGUCUAAAGCUCCAUCAGUUCAUAUCCAGCAAGCUCUGUGAUUUAUAUAUUCCCCUGUCAAAAGAGGAAGAACAGAAGAAAUCUCUGAUUGAACUUUGCACUCAGAGUGUCAAAGAUGCAUAUGCUGUAAUGCCACCAUUAGAACAUUUUCUUCGUAUCUCAAAACACGAGCGAAAAGAUCGCAUCCUUGAGGGACUUGAGAAGGGGGAUCUUGUUGUGGGAACAGUAUUCCACAGCAUUCAUCAGAAGUAUCUGAUUCGAGUGCAUGCCCUUGAUGGACCAAAAGCACGUUUCAUCUCAGAUAUCAAUCUUAAGGGGUCCCUGCAUGUCCAAAGUAUUCCCCCUGGCCAAGAGGCCCUUGAGACUGGGACGCUGAUCAGAUGUGAAGUCCUUCAAGUUCAUAGCUUGGAAAACAUUAUUUGUGGCCUGCUUGGUCAGUUUGUUUCACCUGAGCUGGCCUAUCAGUAUAAAUUGGGCAUCAUCUCAGAAACAGACUUGCCAAAGUCAUUUCGAUUGGGAUUGAACCUAACUGCAAAUGAUACUUAUGACAGCUUUCUUCAUUCCAACUUUCCUUUCAAUCAUCCUGGCAAUGUUGGGCUCCUUUGUCGCUGCUUUGGUCUAGAUGAAACUUCACCCCCAACUCUCAUCGAGUCCUUGCAGAAAAACUUUCCUGAAGAGCAAAUGGCAAAGGCCUUGCAUGAGCGUCAAGCUUCAGCCUGGGCCCGCUCCAAGGUCAAGCAAGGUAUCACUUAUUUGAAAGAGGGAAAAUAUACAGAAGCAUUCCAAAUGUUUAACACAGCCCUUCAGACCCAUCCAGAGAGUGUGGAUGCUUAUGUUGCCCGUGGUGCCUUGUUUUUCAAUCGGGGAAAUUUCAAAAAGGCAGAAGAGGAUUUCAGGAAAGCCUUGGACAUUGAUCCAAGUCACACGAAUGGGCGAAAGUACUACUUUGAGACCCUUAUCAACCUUGGGGAUCAGUAUAAGGAAGCAAAGGAUUUUGAUGCAGCUCGUAAAUGCUAUGAGAAAGUACUCAGCCUGAGUCCUCAGCAUCACAAGGCUGUGGAAGCCAUGCAGAAAAUGAAUCAGAGGAAGAUAGAAGAGGGGCUGCAGGGCCUUGACACAAAGGAAAAGCUGAAGAAACUCAUUAAGGAGGAGGAGGGGGAAGAAGAAGAAAAGAAACAGAAGAAAAGGGAGAAGCUAGACAAGGAAGACAUGUGGAUAUCGUCUUCAUCUCCAUCAUCUGAUUCUUCAUCUGAAUCUUUGGACAGCUCAUCCUCUUCACAUUCCUCUUCUGAUCGGAAAGGGCGACGUUUUAAAUCCAAGAGGAGACGCUCAUCCAGAAGUGAGAAAAGGCAGAAGAAAAAGAAGAAAAGAAGAGAGUAUCAAAGAAGGAAAAGGGAGAGAGGUAGCAAGAGGGAAGAAAUGGCAGAAGAGGUAAAGGAAGACAAAGAGAGAAAGCAAGAAGAUCUUCCAGUUUUGCAAGAAGUCCAGUCUCAAUCUCCCCCUCUGCAAGCCAUGAACCUUGCAUUUCCAAUUAAUUUGGCCUUUCCCCCACCGCCAAUCCCUGUUCCACCUCCUCUUCUCCUUAACAACAAUGCCAGUGGGGGUAUGUUUGGGCCAGGUUAUCCCAAAGUCCCAUUUUCAGGUGAUUCUCACUAUUCCAAGCCCCAGGACACUGAAUAUGAUGAGAAGGUGAGGAAGUUUUUAGAGCAAGUGUCACGUAAGGAAGAUGAGCAGAGUCGGAGUCGAUCAUAUCGUUCACGUUCUCCUUCUGCAUCUCCUUCAUCUCAUUGCAGGCACCAUUCUCGUGGUCAUAGCAGAGAAGUGUCAGAAGAUGGAAAGUCAAGGCACAGGAAACAUCAUCACCAUGGGUCAAGUGAGCAGAAGUCAAGGGAAAAGGAACGAGGGAGGGAAAAAGAGAAGGAGAAACAGAAGGGAAAGGGAAUGGAAAGAGAAGAAAUGGGGAAGGACAGGAAGAAGUAUGAAAGUAUCGAGAAGAAUGACAAGGAAGAAACAAAUAAUGAUGAGAAGGACAAGGAGAAGUAUGCAGCUUCUAUGGGAGACAUGCAUGUAAUGCAAGCAGAGUAUGUUCAGCUCCAGGUUGAGGAACUGAGUCGACGGGUUGAGGAACUCAUCAAGAACCCUGAAGCAAUCCUUGGGAAGAAGGGUUCCAUGAUUGAUGCUGAGGAUCGCUUCCUCUAUGGUGAGGAUGAAGAGAAGAGCAAGAAGGAAAAAGAUAAAGGGAAGGAAAAGGGAAGGAAGAAGAGAAAGAAGAAGCGGAGAGUUAGAGGAUCAAGUGAACAGAAGCACAAGAGUCGAUCUUCCUCUUCAAGCCUCUCUGUGUCCUCAUUCCACUCAUCAAGCAGCUCGUCUUCUGUGUCUAGGUCAUCUGAAUCUCUGCUUUAUGCCAAGAAGAGGAGGAAGGAGAAGAAAAAGCAUAGUGAAAAGAAACGGAAAAAGGAGAGAGAGAGGGGGAAAAGAGAUAAAGAGAAGAAGCGGGACAGAAAGGUGGGAGAAACUGUGCUAGAAGGCAAGAGGGCCAAGAAGCAGGAGGAAGAAGAAGACAAGGGAGUGAAGAAUCAAAAAGAUGAAGGCAAGUACUGCAAUGAUGAUCUGAGGAAGAUCUUUGACAUGUUUGGAGACUCACCAUUGCAAACUGAUCCUACUGUGUCAGGCAACAAAAAGGAACCAUUACUGAGGAUCACCCGAACAGUUGAUCUGACAUCUGAUUCAAAGGAGAAGCGGACAGUGAUGAUUCGUGAGGACACAGAUGAUGAGGAACCUGAGAAGAAAAAGGAAGAUACCCCUGAGAAAAAGAGAACAUUCACAGAAUGUGAAGGAGGAAUCCACUCAGGGAAGAGAGCCUUUACUGAAGCCAUUCCAUCCUCUAAACAACCCUUCAACAAUAAAGAGGUGAAAAGAGGUGGAGGAGAAGAGGAGGAGCAUGAAGGAGAAAGAGAGAGAAGGCCAUAUACAUUCCGAGGACGAAUGGGCUAUAAUCCUCGGUUUCAAGGAUACCGAGGACGCUGGCCAAGGUCAAGUCAACGUGGCUGGAACCCCCGUGGCAGAGGCCCUCGCUGGCGUGGAUCUGGUGUCUACAUCCCUCGUCGAAGGAGGUCUCAUUCAAGAGACCGCUACCAUCGUCGAUAUAGAUCUCGGUCACGUUCUCGAGACCAUCGCUCGCGUUCACGUUCCCGAGACAGGCACUCACGAUCGUGCUCCCAGAAAGAACUGUCACGAUCACGCUCUCGUGAUGAGCAGUCACGAUCCCACUCUCGAGAGCGACAAUCACGGUCAAACUCCCGUACUCAGUCCUCCCACAGACCUGUAGUUUCCAGAACAUCUCGCUGGGAGACAGAACCAACAGAUGAUGUAACACCCCCACGUCCCUCAGAAGCAAGAAUCAAUGCUCAAGAUGCAAUGGAGAAGCUGAAAAAGGAACAGGAGAGGCUGAGGUUGUUAACACAGGCAAAGCACCAAGAAGAACUUGAGCGGGCACAGCAGAUUGAGCUGGCACGACGGAAGAUCAAUGAACAACUAGAAAGCAUUGAUCAGGGGAAAGGACGGAAACCCAUUAGCAUGACACUGUCAGGAAAGAAGACUGCACUGGAGAUCAUGGCUGGCAAGUGGGCUGAUGAUGAAGAAGGAGGUGGCCUUGAGACCAAAGAGGGAGAAGUCAAGAGUGAAAGCAGAGGUGACAGUCCAGCGCCUGGGCUGGGACGUCGUGCUCCUGUUAUGAAGAGUCUUCAGGAAGUGGAAGAUUUCAUUCAGAAAUCCAAGGAAAUGCUGAAGAAGAGGCAGCAGGAUGUUGAAGACAAACCCAAGAAAUUUCUUAGGCCUAGUUUUCUCUGA